CUUCAUUCCUUAACGGGUCUUUCCUCUCAUAUGUCCCCGCUGGCUAUGUAAAUGUUCUCUGAACAUUAGCCCAAUCUAAAACCUAUACGGUACGUGACCUACUUUCACCUCAAAUGAAAGUUAAUGUGAUCCAGAGCGGGCAAUAAAAUAAGGCUGGUUUCAGUGACCGACUUUCUACACACAACGAAUCGACGAUCCAUAAUCCUCAGAUCGACGUGCUGUAGGACUGAAUCGAAUGCCUUGAAGACCGCGAAAGAUUUCAGGAAGGAUUUUCUAUCAUGGUCAAUACUGGGGCUAUCUUCCUGCAGUUAGCUUGCAACAUCAAGACGGAUUAAUCGAGGAAAAUUCGCAAAAAAUACUUUAGGUUUGUUUUUAGAUUUAACACUGACGAUUCAAUAAGUACUUUGAUAGUCUGCAAGGACAUUGUGCCGCUUUGGAGUCGAGAGGAAACCUUGAAAUAGCAGACAUGAAUAAAGGUUCAUUAACGAUUUGAUCUUGAACGAGGAAAUGCUAGCGCUGGUUCAAGAUACUGAAGUCAACCAUAGAUGAGGCAAAAAGCAUUGACCACUUGAUAUCAAGACAAGAUCGAUCAUUUUACUAGUGAUUGCAUCGACUAGUUUACAUAGCGGUCCGGAACGAAGUACGUAUUCUGAAAAAACUUAUAACAGGUCAUAUCAAGGUCAUUGUGAACCCAGUUGACAGCUUUACCAAGCGGGAUCGUCGUGAACAUGACAACUAGAUGGUUUGGAUGUUAUGUCAGCUCCGAACAUCUCUGGCAUUCUGUCUGCUCGAAUACACCAAAUCAUACCUCAUAAACACCCAAGGAUGUGAAAACCAGAACAUUCAAUACAAAGACUAUUAUUCGCGAAUGAUUACGACGAAGAUUCAUCAGUUACAGCUAAAACUCUAGAAAUUGUCUCGGCAACUUCCCAAGGAUUAGUAUUCUUGAACAUCAUUUACCUUCAGAAGUUUGGACUACUUUGAAGGGAUGAAAACACUAUUCCUCGCGAUAGUGAUUUUCUUUUUGACAUCAAGCCAUGCAUAUGGAAAGGAAUACAAACUAGGGCUUCUUAUUCCAUACGAAAAUGUGGAUUUUAUCAUUCGAAAUUCCUACUUUGUCGGACAGAAGUACGCUGCUGCAAUCACGUUGGCUGUGAAGGAUGUAAACGAAAGGAAAGACCUUUUACCAAAUGAUAAUUUAACUUUUGUGUGGAAAGAUACAAAAUGCAAUGAGUUCACGACUUUGAGGCACCAAAUAAACAUGAUUCAUGAUAAUCUUACGGCGUUCAUCGGCCCUGGAUGUCACUGCAAGAUGGCUGCCAAGAAUGCUGCAGCGUUCAACAAGACCAUGAUAUCUUAUAUGUGCAGCAGUCCCGAACUCUCCAACAAGACAGAGUACCCAACAUUUGCAAGGACAUUUUCUGUGGACACAAAAAUACUUCCUACUUUUAUAGCAAUUUUUAGGAAAUUCCACUGGUCUAAGGUAGCGAUAGUAUACGAGCGACUUCAGAAGUACACUAUGAUGACUACGUAUAUGAGAAAGGAGUUUGCUAAACGUGGAAUUCAAGUGACGUACACAGCUGGAGUUGAGAAUCAAGGACAUUAUGAUGAAUCUUUGAUAUACAACGAGAAAAAAUACGUAAAGGAAUACGAGAAUGUUAUGGAGAAUGUUAAGAAGAAAGCACGAAUUGUGAUCAUGAUGACAGGAUAUCAUAUGGGAUUGGAAGGGAUAUAUCAAGCCAACAAGAGUGGGAUGAUCAAUGGAGACUAUGUAUUCAUUCUGUCUGAGAUGAGACCCGUCAUGUCAGGAACCAAAGACAAAAGCAACAAGUUAUGGUUCUACCUUGGCAUGCGGUCCUUGUAUUUAAGACGAGAGCUACAAGCCGGCUUAGUGAUAACAGUCAAGAGUCCCAAAGGUCAAAGAUACGAUAAAUUUGUCAAGGAUUUAAGAACAUGGACGUCUAAGGAGCCCUUCAACAGUGAUAUCUAUGUCAACGCAACGUCUUUCUUUGAGCCUACAGCAUAUGCAGCCUUCCUGUACGAUGCCGUGUACCAGUUUGCUAUCGCUCUUAACAAGACCCUAGCUAAAGGAUUACCAGUCCAAGGAUCUGUAAUACUUCGUCAGAUGCACAACAUCUCCUUUGAUAGUAUUCGAGGUUAUCAAGUGCGCAUGGACCAGAAUGGUGAUGCCGAAUACAACAUGACUCUUAAGAGUGUGCGAAUGGAGAAUGAUAAAUUGAUAAUGGAUGAAGUGGGGACGUUCAUGCCAUCUGGGGAUCCUGCUGGUAACAUCGAAUUGGUGUUUUCACCGGGCAAAAAAAUACAUUGGUUUAAAAAAUGGCCUCCCCCAGAUAUGCCAAAGUGUGGUUUUGAUGGCAAACUGUGCAACACGACCAAAGAAGAAAAAAAAGAUAACACGCAUAUUAUUAUUACUACUAUUUCUGUGGUGCUUGGAGUAUUGGCUGUUCUACUGAUCGCCAUAUUAUUCAGGCAUUAUAAAGUAGAGAGAGAGCUUAACAGUAGAUUAUGGAAGAUCGAAUACAACGAACUGUUCUUUGAUCAAGGACGACGACGACGAUCUGAAGCGUCACUAGCAAGCAGUCUGAUGAGGCUGACAGAUGAAGGCGAGAACUUACCAUUGAUAGAUUAUCCUAUAGACGGUGAGAAAUCAACUUCUGUAGCUCAUUACAAGUGCAACGUGGUGACAGUAGCACGUCUUCCUAUCCGUUCUAUCGAUGUUAACAGACAGGUUUUGCUGGAAAUGAAACAGAUGCGUGAUAUACGACAUGACAACUUAAAUCAAUUCUUAGGAGUAUGCAUAGGCCCACCCAGCGUUUGUAUUGUCAUGCAAUACUGCUCUAGAGGAAGUCUACAGGAUAUUUUAGAGAAUGAAGAAGUAAAACUCGAUAUUGUCUUCAUAGCAUCUCUCGUUUCUGACGUUGUCAAGGGAAUGGAAUAUAUUCAUAACUCAGACCUCCGUUCCCAUGGAAACCUUAAAUCUUCUAACUGUCUCGUUGACAGUCGAUGGGUUUUGAAAAUCACAGAUUAUGGUUUACCAUCGAUUAGAGCGCGGGCGAGGAAGGUCAACACAGAGAUAAACUGGCAAGAUUUGUUGUGGGUUGCUCCAGAAAUCCUGAGGAUGCCGAUUCGUCCUGCCAAGGGAACCCAGAAGGGUGAUGUGUACAGUUUUGGCAUCAUGUUGCAAGAGUUUCAUACCAGAGAAGGUCCAUUCAGUGGUGACUACAUGGAACCAAAAUCAAUUGUAGAGAAGGUCCGGGCAGGAGAGUUUCCUCCAUUUCGUCCUGUUGUACCUAAUCUGAUCAGUGGCGCAGAAGAGCUCCGAGACAUGAUGAAACAAUGCUGGCAGGAGGAGCCAAACGACAGACCAGAUUUUAACGAGAUUAAAAAGAGUAUUAAUAAAAUAGUAGUUAGCAGUGGCAUGAAGAGAAAUAUUUUUGAUAAUAUGGUACAAAUGAUGGAAAAAUAUGCAGAUAACUUAGAAGAAUUAGUAGCUGAGAAAACUGUUCAACUUAUGGAUGAGAAAAGAAAAACAGAUGCUUUAUUAGAAAGUAUAUUACCAAGACCUGUAGCAGAGCAGCUCAAGAAAGGAAAGUCUGUCGAAGCGGAAAGUUUCCAUGAAGUAACAAUCUACUUUAGUGAUAUUGUAGGAUUCACAAGUCUAAGUGCUGAGAGUACACCCAUGCAGGUUGUCACACUUCUAAAUGAUUUAUACACAUUAUUUGAUGACAUUAUUCAAGAAUACGAUGUAUAUAAGGUUGAGACGAUAGGUGAUGCAUAUAUGGUAGUCAGUGGUCUACCUAUACGUAAUGGUAGACGUCAUGCAGGUGAAAUAUGUAGGAUGGCGUUACAUCUGCUUGAAGCAGUAUCCAUGAACUUUGUUGUACGACACAAGCCAGAUUACAAGCUUCAACUUCGUGUUGGGGUCCAUAGUGGUCCAGUUGUGGCUGGUGUUGUGGGGAAUACCAUGGCUCGAUACUGUCUCUUUGGGGAUACCGUCAAUACUGCAUCAAGAAUGGAAGCCAAUGGAGAACCUUUGAAGAUUCAUAUUAGUGAGGUAACAAAAGAAAUCUUAGAAGAACUUGGUGGAUUUGUGGUCGAGACUAGAGGACAAGUUUACCUUAAGGGUAAAGGUAAUGUUGAGACAUACUGGUUGAAGAGUGCCCUCAAAAGACACGACAGUAAACCAACCCUGCGAGUCUACACAGCAAAUGAACAACCACAGCUAUUGAACAUCUUCAACACUCCUUCCAGCUCUCCUGUCCUCAUAAGGAACACAAACUUUAAGAAGUCUAUAAGAUCUAGAAAUGGUCAAAUUCCGAGUGGUAAAAGCAGUGCAAACCAAACUCCAGUCAUAUAAAUGGUAUAUAUAUAUAAUGGGUAUGGAUUACUGACAGGGAUUGGUUUGAAGACUGAAGUACUUGAGGUCUAUUGGAUGCUUCCUACACGGUGAUGCACAAUACUAAAUGCCAUUCAAACUUCUUCUGGAUAUGGCAUUCUAUAAAUAAGAAUAUGGAUUUACCGACAACUUGGGUUUCAGCCUUGUAUUCACUUGAGGUGGAAUCACACAAACCUAUCGUCAUGUAAAAGAACCUUUGCUACAUGGCUUUCCUAAGCACUGCCGACACCUCCCUAAGAUAUCAUCCUACUUCAAGGAAUACAGAUAUCUAAAACAUGGAACAUGGUUUAUGGGUGUUUUUGUACAUUGGGUGUACAUUGUUUUCUAAUGCGAUACGUGGCUUAUGAAAUGAGAACACUUCAAUAAAACAUCAGAUAGAGAGAAGAUUUCACGAACCAGUGCUAUGGACACAACAAUAUCUGGAAUCAAUUUCAGUGUAACAGUUAUUCAACAUUAAGGACUAUCAUCUUAUUGUCAGUGCACAUGGAGUAUGGCAGUUGCUGCUGAUCUUUGGUCCAUAUGUAUAUCAUGGGAGAACCAUCCUGGACUUUCUAAGUGGAAGCCAUUCCAGUGUCUGAUUUUUAUCAUCGUAUUGUCAGUGCACGCACGUACAAUCACAUGUUCUUACAUAUUUAACAAAUAAAACAGCUUUUUCUAUGCUCUGUUCAGUAAUAAAGCAUGCAGGAAGUGACAUAAGCACGAAAGAAGUGUAAGGAGAGGCUUCUCACACAGUUUCGUGCUAACGGCACUUCCUUAGUGCUUUAUUACUGAAUGGAGCACGGAAAAAGCAGUUUGAUUUGUUAUAUAGUUACUAAUUUUAUUUCGGUAUUGAAUUUAUUUUUGCAAAAAGAAAGGUUCAGGAUCGUGUGUGCGGAUGCCGUCAGCAAUGUGCUCUGUUCAUUAACGAAGCACAGUUUGGACCAAUCAGAACAUGCCUACUUUCCUAACUAUAUAAAAGGAAAAGGAAAUACAUUGCUACAAACAACCAUAUUUGACAAUCUUAGUCAUAUGACUGUAUAUAUAUAAGGACAUGCUACUAAAUAUGAGCAUAUGGAAAUUCAAGUCAAGUCACUCUAACAUAUUAUUAUAGUAAUUAUACAGCUUCUCAUUAAUCCCAUGUGGGUAACUGUCCAAUUAUUUUCUUAAUUGGACAGGUCUUGUUGAUAUGGGAUUAAUUAGGCAGCUAUAUAAUUAAUAGGUAAUGGGAUUUCCU